AUGAGGGGAUCGAGUCUUUUCCAGUUCAUCCCCAGGCAACUUAACGAGGUUAAACCUCUUCCAGUGCAGCAGGAUGUCCCUGCUCAAUCUCCUAUUCCCCCUGAGAAAGUUGAAUUUUCUCCAGCUCAGUCCAAGCAACUUUCCCAGUCUCCAGAGUCCCCUGAAGAUGAGUCUUCUCCAGGCCAACAAGAGGUCCUAGCUCAGACUCCAGACCCCCCUAAGGCUGUGGAACCUGCUUCAGGCCAACAGGAGGCCCCAGCUCAGUCUGUAGUCCCCCAGCUGGCCCCAGCUCAGCCUUCAGAGCCUCCUGAGAAGGUAGAACCAUCUCCAGUUCAGCAGGAAGUCCCAGCUCAGCCUUCAGAGCCCCCUAAUGAGGCAGAAUCUUCUCCAACCCCGCAGGAGGCCCUGGUUCAGUCUCCUGUCCCCCAGCAGGCCCCAGCUGUAUCUCCUGAGCCCCCUAAGGAGGUAGAACCUUCUCCCACACUGCAGGAGGCCCCAGCUCAGCCUUCAGAGCCCCCUAAUGAGGCAGAGUCUCCAACCCAGCAGGUGGCCCCAGCUCAGUUUCCAGUCCUCCAGGAGUCCCCAGCUAUAUCCCCUGAGCCCCCUAAGGAGGUGGAACCUUCUCCCACACCUCAGGAGGCCCCAGCUCAGCCUUCAGAGCCCGGUAAUGAGGCAGAAUCUUUUCCAACUCGGCAGGAAGCCCCAGUUGUAUCCCCUGAGCCCCCUAAGGAGGUAGAACCUUCCACACAGCAGGAGGCCCCACUUCAGCCUUCAGAGGCCCCUGAGAAGGUAGAACCAUCUCCAAUUCUGCAGCAGUCUCCAACUCAACCUCCGGAGGCCUCUAAGGAGGCAGAAACUCCUCCAGCCCAGCAGGAGGCCCCAGUUCAGCCUCCAGAGCCACCUGAGGAGGUUGUAGCACAACCUCCAGUCCAUAAAGAGGUGACAGUUCCACCUCUAGGACAAGAGCAAGCUCAGCAUCCAAACUUGCCCAGUGUUACUGUUCAGCCUGCUGACCUGGAGCUUACUGUAACUCCAGAACCUACUGUGGAGGCUGAGCAUUCUACAAUCAUGCAGCAGACUAUAGCUCCUCCAGAGGACACUGAGGUGACACCUCCACAUCCAGAGCAGAUCCAGGCUCAGCAUCCAAAUUUGACUGAAGUCAGAGUUCAGCCUUUAGACCUGGAACUGACCAUAACUCCAGAACCCACUACAGAGGUUGAAACUUCAACCACGCAAGAGAUCCCAGGUCACCCUUCAGAGCCACCUAAGGAGGUUGUAGUUCAGCCUCCACUGUUUCAGGAGGUGACAGUUCCAACUCCAGGUCUGGAUCAAGCUCGUCAUCCAUUGUCACCUAAUGUAACAGUUCAGCCUUUGGACCUAGAGCUCACCAUAACUCCAGAACCCACUAUGGAGGUUAAAGCUUCUACAGCCCUGAAGAAAACUACAGCUCCUCCAAAGGACCUUGAGGUAACAUUUGCACAUCUAGAGCAGGUUCAGGUUCAGCAUUCAACCUUGAAUAAGGCCAAAACUCAACAUUUGGACCUGGGGCUUACUAUAACUCCAGAAUUCAAUAAGGAGAUUGAACUUCCUCUACCUAUGCAGGAGACUCCAAUUCAGCCUCCAAAGCCACCUGAGGAGGUUAUCGGAGCUCAACCUCCAGUAUAUCAGGAGCAGACUGUUCUGACACCAGGUCAGAAUCAAGCUCAGCGUUCAUCACUCCCCAAUAUAACAGUUCGACCUUUGGACCUGGAGCUUACCAUAACUCCAGAGCCCACUGUGGAGGUUAAAACUUCUACAGUCCUGAAGAAAACUACAGCUCCUCCGAAGGACCUUGAGGUGACAUUUCCACAUUCAGAGCACAUUCAGCAUCCAACCUUAACUAAAGUCACAGUUAAACCUUUGGACCCAGGGCUUACCAUAACUCCAGAAUCCACUACAGAGACUGAACCUUCUCUAACCAUGCAAGAGACCCCAGCCCAGCCUCCAGAGCCACCUAAGGAGGUUGUUCAGUAUCCAUCCCAACAGGAAGUGACAGUUCCUACUCCAAGUAAGGAUCAAGGUCAGCAACCAACAUUGCCCAGUGUCACAGCUCAUCAUGUGGACUUGGGGCUUACCAUAACUCCAGAACCUACUACAGAGGCUGAACAUUCUACACCCAUGAAGGAGACUACAGCUCCUCCUCCAAAGGACCUUGAGGUGACACUUGCACAUCCAGAGCAGGUUCAGAGUCAGCAUCCAAACCUGACUGAAGUCACAGUUCCACCUAUGGACCUGGAACUUACUGUAACUGCAGGAUCCAGUGUGGAGACUGAACCUUCUCCAACCAUGCGAGACACCCCAACUCAGCCUCCAGAGCCACCUAAGGAGGUUGUAGUUCAAUAUCCAUUCCAGCAGGAAGUGACAGUUCCAACUCCAAGUAAGGAUCAAGGUCAGCAUCCAGCAUCACCCAUCAUCUCAUUUCGUCAUGUGGGGCUUACUAUAACUCCAGAACCUAUUACAGAGGCUGAACAUUCGACAACCCUGAAGAAGACUACAACUCCUCCCCCAAAGGACCUUGAGGUGACACUUGCACAUCCAAAACAGGUUCAGAGGCAACAUCGAAACCUGACUGAAGUCACGGUUCCACCUAUGGACCUAGAAAUUCCUGUAAGUCAGCAACCAGAGUCAUUUGAGACAGGUUUUCCUCCAACAACUCAACAUCCUGUGGUGCAUUUUGUAAACUAUACCUCAGAAAAGGCAUACACAACUUUAACUUGGCAACCAGAACAGAAUGCCACCACAAACCUCAAAAUAUGUGAGCUCUGUACCUGCAAAGGUGAGACACUGUCGUGUGUCGGUCUCAGCGUACAGCAGAGGCUCCGCAGAGUGCCCGUGCUGGAGCCCGACACCUACAACGGCACCUUCACCAUCUUAAAUUUCCAAGGAAACUCUAUUUCUCACAUUGAUAAAAAUGUAUGGAAGGGAUACCGUUGGGCUGAGAAACUAAUUCUCCGUGACAAUUAUCUGACCGAAUUACGUAAAGACACAUUUGAAGGCCUGCUAUCCCUCCAGUAUUUAGAUUUAUCCUGCAAUAAAAUACAAUCUAUUGAAAGACGUACAUUUGAAUCACUACCUUUUUUGAAGUUUGUAAAUCUUGGUUGCAAUUUACUCACCGAACUGAGCUUUGGAACAUUUCAGGCCUGGCAUGGAAUGCCGUUUUUACACAAGCUAAUUAUCAGUCGUAACCCUCUGUCAACUGUUGAAGAUUCCUAUCUUUUUAAGUUGCCAGCAUUAAAAUAUUUAGACAUGGGAUCAACACAGGUGUCACUUACAACAGUUGAGAGCAUCCUCAUGAUGACCCUUGAAUUGGAAACACUGAUUUUACCUAGCCGUAUGGCCUGCUGUCUCUGCCAAUUUAAAAAUACUGUUGAGGUUGUCUGUAAGACAGUCAAGCUACAUUGUGACAGUGCAUGUCUGACAAAUGGCACACGUUGUGAUCAGGAAGUAUACCCAAGGAAUGCAGAAGGAUCAUUCAUGAAGGUAUUGACAGCUCGAAAGAAGAGCGCCAGCACGGAGCUGACUAUUGAGCCAGAGAAGGCAUCCUCAGACAUAGAUCGUGUCAGUUUGUCAGCCUUUAUGAAUGAGCAGCUAGACUUCAAUGACGAAAGUGAUGUCAUUAGUGCACUGAAUUACAUAUUGCCUUAUUUCUCGGAGGGCAAUCUAGAAGACGUAGAAUCGACGCUGUUACCGUUGAUUAAACUUCUGUUUUCAAAUGUGCAAGAGGGAGACAAGCCCGUGGGUCACUCGAUGAACGACACAGGGGACCCUUCUCUUAAACCUGGAUCCAACAAUUCAACUUACAAGAAUAAACUGAGAAAACUCUACUUUCUGGAAAAUUUGUUAGAUGCAGAAAUUCAGGAAAAAAUUGAUGACGUGAAAAAGAAAGAAAAAAUGGCCAUGCUUAUACAUUCCAGCCUUUUAGGUCCCAAGUUUAAACGUCAAAUCUUUCCAAAGAAAUUGGAAACUGCCCAACCGCAGGAGAAGAGCCUAGACGAGGUUGAGAGUGUGGGGGAAAAGUCCCUGAGAGUGAACAAGGUCAUCAAGGGCCCAAAGGGCAUACGGAAAAGGCACUUAAAAGAACUGAGACAUCAGAACAUCCAGAGUAAACAGAACGCCCAGCCAUCUGUGGAGAACAUGGCCAAGGAAAGAAGGCUCAGGACACCAUCCCCAGGAGAGCUUCCCGUGGCACACAGGCCCAGCAAAUCAGUGGGAAGCUCCUUCAAUCCAGAGCCUUCGUUCAUGGAUGAGCACAAGGCAGCGGUCUCUUCUCUCAUGAAGCAAUACUUUUUGGACAGGCCUUCUGCCACCCCCGCUCCCAAGGAAAGAAGGCUCAGGACACCAUCCCCAGGGGAGCUUCCCGUGGCGCACAGGCCCAGCAAAUCAGUGGGAAGCUCCUUCAAUCCAGAGCCUUCGUUCAUGGAUGAGCACAAGGCAGCGGUCUCUUCUCUCAUGAAGCAAUACUUUUUGGACAGACCUUCUGCCACCCCCGCUCCCAAGGAAAGAAGGCUCAGGACACCAUCCCCAGGGGAGCUUCCCGUGGCGCACAGGCCCAGCAAAUCAGUGGGAAGCUCCUUCAAUCCAGAGCCUUCGUUCAUGGAUGAGCACAAGGCAGCGGUCUCUUCUCUCAUGAAGCAAUACUUUUUGGACAGGCCUUCUGCCACCCCCGCUCCCAAGGAAAGAAGGCUCAGGACACCAUCCCCAGGGGAGCUUCCCGUGGCGCACAGGCCCAGCAAAUCAGUAGGAAGCUCCUUCAAUCCAGAGCCUUCGUUCAUGGAUGAGCACAAGGCAGCGGUCUCUUCUCUGAUGAAGCAAUACUUUUUGGACAGGCCUUCUGCCACCCCCGCUCCCAAGGAAAGAAGGCUCAGGACACCAUCCCCAGGGGAGCUUCCCGUGGCGCACAGGCCCAGCAAAUCAGUGGGAAGCUCCUUCAAUCCAGAGCCUUCGUUCAUGGAUGAGCACAAGGCAGCGGUCUCUUCUCUGAUGAAGCAAUUCUUUUUGGACAGGCCUUCUGCCACCCCCGCUCCCAAGGAAAGAAGGCUCAGGACACCAUCCCCAGGGGAGCUUCCCGUGGCGCACAGGCCCAGCAAAUCAGUGGGAAGCUCCUUCAAUCCAGAGCCUUCGUUCAUGGAUGAGCACAAGGCAGCGGUCUCUUCUCUGAUGAAGCAAUACUUUUUGGACAGGCCUUCUGCCACCCCCGCUCCCAAGGAAAGAAGGCUCAGGACACCAUCCCCAGGGGAGCUUCCCGUGGCGUACAGGCCCAGCAAAUCAGUGGGAAGCUCCUUCAAUCCAGAGCCUUCGUUCAUGGAUGAGCACAAGGCAGCGGUCUCUUCUCUGAUGAAGCAAUACUUUUUGGACAGGCCUUCUGCCACCCCCGCUCCCAAGGAAAGAAGGCUCAGGACACCAUCCCCAGGGGAGCUUCCCGUGGCGCACAGGCCCAGCAAAUCAGUGGGAAGCUCCUUCAAUCCAGAGCCUUCGUUCAUGGAUGAGCACAAGGCAGCGGUCUCUUCUCUCCUGAAGCAAUACUCUUUGGGCAGGCCUUCUGCCCCCCCCGCUCCAAAAUCCCCACCUGACAUGAAAAAAGAAUCAAAAGACUUAACGUACACCAUUUUUGUUCUAGAAGAUGCAAAUGCUAGAGUUAGAAAUAUGAAGGCUUUCGGACCAGCCUCACACCCCAGAAAGACACACCGCUUUCAUAAAAGUCGUUCCCGUGUGGUCCACAGAACACCCAAGGCCAAACCGAAUCGAAAGUCCAGAAAGGAAAGUUCACUCAGUAAUAGACAGCUGCUUGCAAAGAGGCCUCCAUCCUCUGCAGUCAGGAGCCUCAUAAAUUCCCCUUCACGAGAGGAUUUUUCAUCUCCGGGAGAAGUGAGUCCUCAGAAAAAUCCUUUUCCAGAAUUAUUUGCUCCUUCAGGAAGUUACAGAGAAAACGCUACUGUAGAGAACACUACUGCCCAAAAUGUUUCUGAAGAAAAUAUUUCUACAGGAAACACUACUGUGCCAGAACAAACCCUCCCUGAAUUCACAGACCGUAAGAAUCUUUGCGCUGCUAAUUCUACUGUUACUGCAGACAACUCUAUGCCGACCGUUAAACAAACCAAUGAUACACAACGGGAAUACCACAAUGCGGGCACUGGCUUGCCCCCAAAAGCCACAGGCUUCACUGUGUCAAAGCUCUCGUCCUCAGGUGAUCUGUUUGAAAUUCAGUUAAACCAGCAGCUACAGUCCCUCAUCCCCAGCAAUGACGUGAGAAGGCUCAUUUCUCAUGUUAUCCGGACUUUGAAAAUGGACUGCUCUGAGACCCAGGUGCAGCUGGCCUGUGCCAAGCUCGUCUCCAGAACAGGCCUCCUGAUGAAGCUUCUCAGCGAGCAGCAAGAAGUAAAGGUGUCCAAGGCAGAGUGGGAUAUGGACCAAUGGAAAAAUGAGAAUUAUAUCAAUGAGAGCACAGAAGUCCAGAGUGAACAGAGAGGGCAGGAGUCAAGGGAGCUCACAAAAGAAGUUCCAGGCUAUGGCUAUAACAACAAACUCAUCUUGGCAAUAUCUGUGACUGUAGUAGUGAUGGUUUUGAUCAUGGUUUUCUGUCUCAUUGAGAUUUAUUCUCAUAGAACAGCAGCCAAGGAAGGUAAAGAAGGAGGCUCAAGGGGCUUCUUUGGAUCUCUGGUGCGUAAGAGAUGCUCAGAGGAAAGUGACAAUCAGGAGGGCUUUUUCUGGAGAAGGCAGCCACUUUGGCUUAGGGACAUGUACAGACCUCUCAAUGCCACACGCAAGAAAAACAUGGCACAGAAGCUACACGACAAGGAUUCUUCUGAUGAAGAUGAGAUUUUCAACAUGGAACUAGGGGAGGCUGGCAAAGCCACAGCAGAGAAGACUCGGACCACAGAUUCCACUACUGAAGAGCUGGGUGACGAGAGUGAGACAGCAUGUGAGAUUGUCACAGAGUGAACGCCGUCCUGCCUCAGGCCACCUACAAAGUUUACUUUCCGAUACUGGCUUCUCAGCAUUGCUUAUAAAAUACUUGUUUUUCUCAUAUUAAAAUGUAUAAAUCCAUAA